UCGAAGCGAGCACAUCUCAGCACACAUUCUCCGAGAACUCACCACCAAAAUAUCUACGAAAAACUAUCUAAUGUCCGCCAUCAGCAAGCAGAAGAACCUCAACACCAUGUACAAGUCGAAAGUGUCUCCGUCUCGUCGCCUGAAGAAUCUGCUCAAGCCCCUUCUCGGACAAUUCUUCAGCCUGAAGAAGGAGCAGCCCAAGAGGAGCUCCUACAUCGCCUCCGAGGAGAAGGAGUCCGAGUUCGAGUGGCUAAACAACGAUAUGGACAACAUGGCCAACGAGCAUUUGGAGCAUCGCCUGAUCGAGGAAAUUCGCCAGUGCGCCAAGGAAGAUGCCGUCAUCGUCUAUAAUGAAAACGGAUCCGGCGAACUGCACACCAUCGAUCAGGACGACUACUACGUUCCCGUCCAUUUCGCCCGCACCAAUGGCGGCACUUUCUUCUGGACCUCGGUGCAACCCAAAGCCUGCGAACCCUACGCCAUCGAAUGGAACUUCCUGGAUCGCUGGGCUCAAGCUUGAACCAUUCGCCUGGAGCUGCAAUUUCAACCUUGAUCAACAAUGGGGUUUUUCAACUUUCAAUUGGGAUAACUUCAAGUGGCCUGGAGCUUGGCUCUCCAGCGGGAUGGGUACACCAGAGUUUGGGCACUUCGACUUUGGGUUCAUCGGUCUUGGGCAGCGCUUUUCGGAUUUUCUGAGUCACUGAAAAUUCCCAAAAAAGCGGUUGAGGUCACCACAUAAAUGCGUGGCGGGAGGUAUACAAACAAUUAU